UUGUUUGAUAGUUAUUGCCUUAAGGGAAGCUUUGCGGACAUUCGUGAGAAAAGCCAACGCUCGUCGAAGGUUAAGAAGUUGAAUCGUCAUACGAACUCCAAGAAACGCCGACUUUCUCAUCCGGCAUCGAAAGGUAUGCCGAAGCAUGGCCACUCCGGUUUGGAGAAUUCCCGGACACGUGCCAGUUCGAGGAAGCUCCAUGAAUUUAUGAUGGAAGCUGGCGUGGAGAACCCAGGUACAAACGACAAUCCAAAAACCGCACGUCAGUGUUACGGUCCUCAGUGCGUGUACGCCGCGCGGCCAGGCUCAAACUAUUGCUCAGACGAAUGCGGCAUGAAGUUGGCACGCAAGCGUAUCUUGGAAAUUUUACCUGGCCGGAUUCAGAGCUGGAACAUCAAUCCGUCGGUAGCAGAACGUUUCGAGCGUCGAAGACUGGAAGUGGUGUGCGAGAAAGCGGAAGAAGCCAGGAAGCGCUUGGCGUCGUUGGACUUUGAAGAAAAGCGUCUUUCUGAAUGGAUUAAUGAAGCAGCUAAGUUGAAGGCAAAUCCGGAUGAUGAAGCGAAUGAUAAAUGUGAAAAUCAAACUUCUUACGGAACUACUUUUCGGGCGACUAACACGGUUUAUAACUUGUUCUGCGAAGCAUACAAUAAAUCGAAUGGGACGUACUGUAAACGUCUGCGAAUCAUUUGUCCUGAGCAUUGCAAGGAUGUCAAAGCGGAUCCGGACGAAAUCUGCGGCUGUCCGUUGAAUCUGAACGACACCCUUGAAAAGUUUUCCGUUAGUGCCUCCUGUCAAGUAGCUAAAAGAAACUGCACGAAACAUUGUCAGUGGGAGAAAAUACGGCGUGGACUCAUAGAUCAGGACCGUCUGACGCAGCUGUUGCGACUGGACGAACUUUAUGAGGAAGAGCGCUUCUUGAAAGCUUCUAUUUGCUCAAGGGGUAAUCUUAUGUCGCUGCUUCUUCAUCAGACCACGCAGCAUGAACAGACGGACAUGGAGAUGCCGAUAGGAGAUAAUGCAUAG